GACCGAUUGCAUUGCUUGCUUUCAUCUUUAAUCAUUUACCUGAAACAGCUGCAGAAUUUCCACGGCGCGUCUGGGGGGUGCAGAAUCGAAGUCUUUCGCACAAGAACAGAGGAGAGAGUAAGCUAGUUUUAAACACGUUUGCAGAGCUGUGGAAGUCGAUGAAGUGAGUUUAGCAGAAGGGCAGCUUCUGGAACUGCUGAAAACUUAAUUCCUCCUGUGUUCACUGUGUCUAACUGCUCUGGCUGCAAAAGAAUUUUUAAAGACAGAAAAAGAACUCAGAAAAUAUAGAGAAAUGAUAUUGGCUAAUGAUACUCACCUUGUUCACUGCCAGCAGUGCAGAAUCCAGUGCUGCAACGCUGACUAUGUAGCUGCCACUUCUAGCAAUGCCUUGCCAGAGGAUGCGCUUUUGGAUGCGGAUUACUGCACUGCCUUGCGAGCAUACUCUGUGUGUACCAGGAAGACGGCCAAGUCCUGUCGAGGAGACCUGGUGUACCACUCUGCUGUAUUCAGGAUAAAGGAACUGUUUUCCCAGUACAACUGCUCCAGUGAUGGGCCUACCUCUUCAGCGAGAGCCCCAGGCACUCCAGACCCUCUUGUUUCUGAGAUAUGUGAUUAUGAGAAGAGUUCCAGCUUUCGGAAGAAGUUUGCCCACUGUGGAUUAUUUGGGGAUCCUCACUUAAGGACUUUUAAGGAUGAGUUCCAGACCUGUAAAGUAAAAGGAGCGUGGCCAUUGAUAGACAACCAGUACUUGUCUGUUCAGGUCACUAAUGUUCCUGUGGUGACUGGAUCCAGCGCCACAGCCACCAGCAAGGCCCAUACCAGAUUUGGCUGGCAUCCUGCACACCAGAAGAGUCUCCCUCUCUGGAAACCAGCUGUGUGGAGUUCCUUGCUCCCAGCUGGGAGCCACUGCUGUGGACAGCUCACCUGGGCUUGGCUGGAACUUCUGGUUCUUCUCCAGAUCACACUGAUCUUUAAGAGCUACCAGGGAUGUACAGAGCAGAAGGUCUACCAGGCUACCGCAGAGGACCUGCCCUUGGCAUUCAGUGAUGGCACACGAAAUGGUGGGCAGCAGGAAGGAGCUGGCAGUCUGCGCAUCCUGGAGAAGUCAGACUCCAACCAAGUGGAGAUCCAGGCCCAUUACAUUGGCAGCACUAUAAUCAUCCGCCAGGUGGGUCGUUACCUCACCUUUGCCAUUCGUGUGCCGGAGGAGACUUUGAAUCUCUCGGAGGAGAGCCCUGACCUUCAGCUCUGCCUGCAUGGCUGCCCCAAGAAUGAGCUGAUUCAGGAGCACAGGCUGCAGCUGAGCAACUCCAGCCCUCUCUGGCCUAGCUCCCAGCGGGUGUACACAGUGGAAACAGCCACUGAGCAAUGUCAUCGCAUCCUGCAGGUGGAGGAUGUGUAUUUCCAGUCCUGUGUCUUUGAUCUGCUUACCACAGGGGAUCCUGAAUUUUCCAUGGCUGCACAUGGGGCCUUGGAAGACUUGAAGGCCUUGUAUUCCAGCAGACUUAUGUUACAUGCCUCAUCCAAGACCAUCAGUGUGCCUGGCGGAGCUCUGGCAAUUUGGCAGCCUGCUGUUUUUGCAGUCUGGUGGCUUCUUGCUUUCCUAACGCUACUCUGGUGUAGUUAGGGGUUGGGUGGGUGGAAGAGUCUCCAUCCCGCGAGGGACCCUUGACCAAGGGCAGAGAAGCUCCUGAUUGCUGUCUUCUGGACAAGUUCUCCUCUUACAGAAAUGGCCUGUAUGAUCCAGCUCUUGCCACUUGUCUUCCAUCUUUUCUCUUACUGAAAGUGACAUGCCAGUUUGAUCCUCUACCACCCUAGUCAAUGCUGGAUUUGGAAGAGACAUACCUUGCCUUCUGUAUGCCAAGUCUGUGGUUGGAGAAGGGGAAAGGAGCCCCUGGUUAUAGUGGCCAGGCUGCAGAUGAAAAGGGAUUGUCCCCAGAGGAAAGAGGCUUGCUGCCCUGCAGCAUGAGGUUUAGCUGUCCUGCUAGGAGUGCUCCACUUCUACUUUCCACCCCUGUCCAUCAGCCUCCUCUAGCCCCUGCUUGUUUCACAUGUACCUUCCAGUGCUAAAUUGCUCUUCCAGGAGCAGUCACAUGGAUCUGUCUAGAGGUUAGAACAAGGGCCAGCUCCUACUUUGUUGGCACCUCCUGCUAGCUGUGGUUACUGUGGCCACAAACAGUAGAGGAUCUGGGGAGAUGAGAGGGAAUGAAGCUGCAUGUUCUGAGGGAGCACUUGGAGUAGUGUUGGUUUGGUCCCAAGGAGAGCUUUGUCUAUGGGAUGAUGUGCCUCUGAGAUGGAACCACAAGUGGGUUAGAAGGAAACUGCCAGGUGUUUAAACCUAGCUCUUCACCUUUUCUGAUGUCUCUGGAAAUUCUGCUGAUUUGAGCACAGCUUCGAGCUGAGAGAGAAAAGGGCAGCUGGGGCUCAGGUGUUCUUCACUCCUCCUUUGCAAACUGCAAUUCCCACUUAGGCCUACUGAGCAAACAGGAGGAGCUGGGCUAGAGCCUCUGUGUUAGACUGGGAGCUGCAGAGACCCUGGCUAGAAGGUUACAAUAUAUCCAUUACAAAAAUGUGUAUAUUUCUGUUCUUGAUCUGUAAAUGUCUGUACAUUCCCUGGACAUCAUGCUCUUCUACUUCAUUAUUUUGUGGACUCUGUGAGCCUCCCCACCUUCUGUUAAUAGCAUUUUAAUCUCUAUUUUAAUUAAACCAUGUUUUUUAUG